AAGUGGGAAACUUGAAAUGUUUUGCUUGAACAACACAGUCCAUCAUCCUGCUAUGAUUCCAGUGUUCUGAAAUAUCAUAUUUCUUCUAUUUGGAGAACAUGCGAGAUAUGAAAAUGCCUUAAUGCGUCUGCAGUGGUUGUCUUUGAAGUCAUGGACGCUUCUCUUCUAAACAAAUGGACGCAGGAAAACAACAUCUUAAUGAAAGAAUGGAAGCGGAAAAACAGUCAUGUCGGUGGGAAAGAGAGUGUCAAAGGAAAAUGCCAUAAGGGAAUGCUCAAAUUACUUCAGACAAUUCAAGGCAUUCCAGCUGUUUCAGAGCUAGUUGAACUGGAACUAACCGCUGCAUACAACACCCUUGUGUUGUCUUUCAACUUUUCCACCUUGAUCGAUGUUCAACAGAUUCUUUCCAGUACCCUUCACAGAGCUCUUGAAGCUGUUGGCUGCCAGGAAUCUAGCCGGGAUCCUGCUGCUUUAUGGCGGAUAACGUUACAAUGCUUCAGAAACACAACUCCCCUGCUCUGCCUGCACGGCUUGCUGUGCGUACAGUGGGCUUUGUGGCUGGCCUCUUGCCAAAUGGACAGUAUUCACCAUCUGCUGAAGGAUGCUACGCAGGGUGUGAAAGAAGCUCCAAGUCCAUCACAGAAUCUCCAUGAAGCCAUUAAAAAGCUCCGACUGGCAGACAACAACAACUCCAACUUACUCACUGCCAUGACCGUCAGAGAAUUCCUUGACCUGCUGCAUAUCUGCACUGCCAUUGCUGAGGGUCUGGAACACAUGAGGCUUGAAGACUCCUCUACUGCGCUGGUGUCUAUGCUGGGGGCCACAUCCUUACCUGCUCCCAGGGCUCUCCUGGCCAGGGUCCAUACGCUUACUGGAGUCACCUACGCCAAGCUGGGGCAACCUCAAAGCGCCCUGCAGUCGUACAGGAAGGCUCUGGAGGUGGAUUUCGGCUGCCGCACUGCUCUCUACCAGAGCGCCUUGGUGUAUAGAAAGCUGAAGACCACCCAGGCAGAAAUGGAGGCCCUUCGCCUGCUCCACGCAGCCCUCAUUCAGAGCUCAGAAGAAAAGACUGUCGACGUUGGGGCGACGCCUAUCUCCCCAGAUGUGUUACUUCGUAGCCAAUACAUGGAUGCCAUCCUGGCGGUUCCCUCUGCCCAGCUAGUCUUACACUCCUUGGCACAUACAUGCGUUCUGCAUGACAGAGUUUCAGAGGCGGUUGAACUGUAUUUAGAUCUGAUGUCCUCGCUGCAGUCGGAGAUUGCACAGCCUGUGUUUACAGAAGGUGAUGUGUCCCUUCCCAGAAUUCCUGUGGUGUACCUAGAGGCUGCGUUCACCUUACUGAAAGCCAAGAGGGCGUGGGAUGCAAUCGCUGUCUGUGAAGAGGUCAUCUCGAAAACGGCUAACCUCAUUCCUGAAAAACAAAACGCAUUCGAUUUGUCAGAGGAGCAGAUCAUCUUCUCCAUGGAGGGGCCUUCUAAGUCAGUGAAGCGUGAGAGACUUGAGUAUGUGCUGUGGGGAUCAGCAGCCCACUACCUGCUGGGCCUGGCCUACAGCAACAUGAAAGACACCAAGGAAGCAGUGACCAACUUCACAAGGUCCCUAAAUUGUCUGGCAAAGGUAUCCAUCAAAAAUGCAGGUCCAUGUGCUGAAGAGCAGGGGGACGGUGCGGUGAAGGUGAAGGUUUUGGCUAGACUGCGGGGCCUGGCCCUGGCAGGCCGGGGUCUCAGCUUCAUGGAGAGGGGCCAGUUCAAAGAGGCACUGCGGGACCUGAAGCUUAGUCUCCACUCUGUAACAGACACACAGAUAAUUAAUUUGGGGCUAGUGGAGGUGUUCCGGAGGCUGGGGCGACAGGACGAGGCCCUUGUGUGUUGGAGAGAGUUACAACGUCCGUCUGAGGCAGUCUCCUCUGGACACCUGCCUCUGUAUCUUCAGACAUUCCCUCAUGUCAGUGUAUCAUUCGACACCAGUGACCUGGAUAAGGUUAUGAGAGAUGCUUUUUAAAACAGGACUGUCCAUGUAAUACUAAUGGUGGUAAUUAAAAUUGAUAAUCCGAGAGGAAUCAUAUUUUAA